GUUACCUUGGAGACGUGCAAUCAGUCAAACACAAACUGCCGUAGGAUGAAACGUCGUCUCUGUUGAAAGUAACCAUCUUUGACCCAAGUGAGAGUGAUUUACAGACAGAAUCAAAGUAAGUGACUGUUUUUAUCCAUUACAGUUUUUGUUUUCACUACAAUUACGUCUUUAGCUAAAUUCCCGCUUAUACUUUAGUGAGCACUGACGCCAGACAACGUGACAUCCUGGCUAACAGGGAGGUUAGUAGGCUACGGUAGUUUGAAUAUGGGAGACCCUCUGUCAAUAAGGCUACAUAAUGGUGACACUUGUGGUCACUCUCACAGAAGAAGAACAAUCCGAUGAAAUUUUGUAAAGCUAAGUGGGUGUCACUCAUGAAAUGUGUCUUAAUGUAUGUGUAAAAGUAUUCCAGUUACAGAAGUAAAUCUAUAUAGCAGCUAUUUCCCCAACAUGGACAGUCUCGCCAAAAGUACAUUUAACAAUAACAACAAAAUCUCAAUGCUACUUCACACAAAUCAGUCCCCUGUAUUACAUGAAAACUCAAUGUAAUGUAACUCAACAACUCAUGAUAACAAAUAUCAUUACUGUUGGAGCUUGGUCUGCAAUAAAAACAAUGUCAAGCUGAAGACUGAGAAAAAUAUUAGUCACCAAGUGACUUUUUAACAAAUUGAUUCACAUCAUAAUAAUAAUAACUUUAUUUAUCAAGCACUUUUAAAAACAAAGAUUUACAAAGUGCAUGUGUAAAAUAGCAUUAAUAUUCAUAUUUUUAUGUGAACGUUUGCAAUAUUGUUGGGGAUGCUUUUGGUGACUCCAACUCCACCAAAAAUCAUUAACACUUCAUAACAAUUGCCUCUAAAUUAUAUUUAACAAACCUGGUUUAUAAAACACAGAUUGGGGUUUUAGCACACUUACUUGCAUUAAGCUCCAUGUUUAGAUUCAACAAAAUCCGAGCUCAUGUGACAUCUUCACCUUUUGUGGCACUGUCAGCCCACAAGCUUUAUUUGGUUGUGCAACUUUCAGCAGCUUCCUACACCUAUGUGCUGCUGCAGCGUGAUAUGAGGCAGUGUAGGUACUUCAUUGUCUGCAAGCAUGGCGCAGAAGGUGAAUGAGAGAGUAAGAGUAAGAGAGAACUUUCAGAUGCAGAGAUAGAAGUUAUUUUGGGUAAUGUGAAAUUAAGAUAAGGUUUUUUAUUUUCUUCUGUGAGUGGUGACACUGGUUGGUGUGCUCUAACAGUUCGAGCCCUUACUUAGUGUCAUUAUAAGCCAGCUACCAUGGUGUAAGGUGGGUUAGUGGAGUCACAUCCAUAGCUUCGCUCCAUAGACCUCCUCAUAGACAAAAUGAUAACAUGCAUAAAAAGGGAAGUUUUGGCUUGAAGUUGUUGAACGUAAACAGCUGGCUGCAGCAAAAUAACCAAUCAGUCGGUAUCCAUUUCCAAAAGAAUGUCAUCUGACAGAUGAUAAACAAGGAUUGCCAGUGGGUUCCCUGUUUGACUAAUACAUGACUAUGAAAUGAUCUUCCUGGUCCUGAACUAUGCUGAGCCUCUUCUACUGCUGGGACUUGCAGUCUUGAGUUUUGGUUAAGAAAAGCUGCUGGUAAAUCUUGGUUAUCCUGGAUGAUUGAACUACAUUUUAGCAAAUCAAGGUGAAUCAAGAAAUAUUAUUCUUCAAGUUGCUGUUAAAAACUUUUCGAUAAUGACCAUAUUUUAUUUUAUUUAUUUAUUUUUUGACCCAUUAUUAUCAGAAUGCACAAGCUACUGACUUGUAACUUUCUUACCUUAUAUUUUAUUUUCUGAAGGAUGUCUGUGUCCCUGGCUCAGAGUCUCAGACUGGCUGCUGUUCUUGGAGAAUGUUCAGAGCGAUUAGACAUAUUUGGUCAUACUCUGACUGUACGGAUCAGCAGGAGGGGAGGCUCUGCACCGGCACAGGUGAAUGCACUUGUUUGGAUACUCUUUUGAUAAAAAUAAAAGUAGUGAUCUGCAGAACUUAUCUGUGAUUUGUCUGUUUUUUUUCUAAUGCUGGGUUUAUUCUCUAUUUCUUUUCUUGUGGGUUUUUGUGUGCAUGCUUUUUUUAGGAAGUAGCCAGGCUGAAAGAGCUAAAAAAAGACUGGUGAGUGGUGCAGACACACAAAACAACAGUCAGAAAUUGUUAUUGACAUUUAUACCAACAACUUUUUUUGUCACUUCCUCCAGUCAGUUCAUUUCUCAGCACAUUUCCAGAUUGUAUUCAGAGCUGCAGCAGAAGCAAGAUUUCACCUCUCUGCAGCAGCUGGUGAUGGAGGAGGAGCGAAUGACGAAAGCUAAGAACUUACAAAGGUUUAAUAGUGUUUGAUUUGAAAAGUGCUGGCAGUGGCAAUCUCAACAAUUGGUAAUAUGCCACUGUGAAGUUAAAUUUGCUGACCCAAUUUUAAUAAUGACAGCACGAUGCUAUCAUUUAAAAAAAAAAAACAGGCUCAGCAAAAGUGUGGAAUGCUUGUGUUGUAUUAGUAAUGUGUGUGUUUCAAUACAGGGAAGAAAGAAAAAUGGUGGAGCAAAGAAAAGAAAAUCUAAAGAGACAGGAAGAGGAAAUCCAACAGAGAAGUGGGAAAUUAAAGGUGAGAAACUAAGGUGGUCUUUAAACGAGUACGAAUUUGUAAGACACCGGUAAAAUAAACUAUCGAUCUGGUGAUAUUGACGUGUAUUUGUCCAUGACUCUGCAUCUUUUUUGAAAACGGGUCUGCAGAUGGAUAUCUGGGUAUUCGUCUUCAUGCCGUAGUUGGUAUAAAUAGAUAAGUCCUGAAAAGACGGUGACCUCAUAGCACCCAUCCUUCUUCCCGCCCCCCAACCCAGGUUGUCACAUAUACAGCAACAACAACAGUGGCUGUAGCUGGGGUGAUUUUGUUCUUGUUCCAGCAACUACAAAUAUUGCUACGACUUUUAUACCAACAUUUAGAACAGCAACAACACCAGCUAUGGCAACAACAGCAACAAGUGCUCAUGCAGAGACGCAGCAUGUUACGCGUUCACAACUUGUUGUCGUGGAAUCCACUUUGGAGCAGAACCAGAUGGGCAACUUAAACCCGAUUUUGCGUUGUCAUGUAAAUGCACUAAGCCUAUGUACAAUACAAUGUGUAAACAGCGAUACAUGUUUUGGUGCCGGGGCCGUCCUCGUGUGAGGAGGGCCUUAGUGCAGAAUAAAAUAAAAUGUUACUGGCUUAUUGAGGCAUAAUGCACAGUGAAGGGGCAUUUAGGGUCAUAAGGAUCAGGACAGAGAGGGGAUUCUAAUUUUAUUUUGCUAUUUUUUCUAUAUCCUGCAAAAAAGGUAGCUUUAUUUCCUGCCUUGUCAACAGUCAGAAAGUAGAAACGCUAAUGUUUUACCAGUGUUUGCCUACAAUGCUUACAGAAACCAAAGUCUUUAUUUCAAUGUCAACAAGCUGAGGUUAAAUGUGCUGAAACUACUGUCUGCAGAGGGAUUCUUGUAAUCUGCUUGUCUCUGGUGCUCUAGUUAUGCAGUUUUAUAAACCGCUGUCAAAAGGCUGUCAAUGUGUUUGAUCAAUUAGAUUCAGAAUUGAACACAGCUGGGUGUUUACCAUGGACGUGAGGUAAUAAGUGUGAUUCACAAUGGCUGUUUCCAGAUCCAGGGGCUGAACCCUUUGAAGGACCCUGCUUUCGUGGCUUGUCUGGACCAGUAAGGCCAUACCAAAUUGAGAUGAUCUAUGUACCUCUCAGAGGGCGAUGUGCUUAUGUUAGCACCCUUACAGUUUCGUUGAGCAGCUCUUGUCACUUGGCAACACUGCUAGCUUAGAGUCAUGUAACUGUAUCUGUAACACCAUCACCAACAUUCUAAAAAUAAUGUUGUUUAAAACAUUUGUACAGCUCAGUGUAACAGCCAUAAAGUCUAUGGUUACAGGCAAGGCAAGUUUUUAUUGAUUUAAGUCGUAACAGCAACAACAAAAAACAACUCAUAAAUCAAUCCAAAAAACAGACAGAGGAGAAAGCAGCUGAGUUAAUAACAAGGAUAUGGGAUAUGUUGGGCCACUAGGAAUUCACCUGAUGCAGCCUUCAUGACCUGGGGAAAGUGGGACACAUUUGUUGGCCCUGUCUGAAGGAGCCUCUGAAAUCAGUUGAGUCUCUGACUCGCCUCUGCAAUGCAUUUGGUUACCAAGAUAGCCACUCUGGAUUGGGACACUGCUACUCUGUACUUUUUUAAUUUCUGGAUACCUGACCACACCUCCUCCGCUUUCCCCCACCAAUAAAACAGGAUUUGAACAUGCUCGCAGAAGAACUGAAGCUUCAGUUGAAAGAGAAGUCUUCAAUAAUUGCUCACAAGAAGGAAAUGGUUGUGAGAAUGUCUGAGGUAGAGCUCGAACAGACACAAAAGAAGAAUAUUCAGGCUGAGAAGCUGCUAGAGGAGCGCUCGGGGGUGAGUUGCAGCUGUACUUGUGCAUGUGGCUGUUUUUGUGAAACGAACAAAGACAUAACACACACACCCAUACAAAGAUUAUCAGUGAAAAAAUACUACACUGUAGUUUUUGGUCACAGACAUUGAGGCAAAUAAUGCACCUAGCAACACCUAUCAAUAAAAAGCCAGUGAGCAUAAACAUGCUUGUAGAUACACUAGCAAUGUUAAAACCCCGCAGUUCAUGGUUAAAAAGAUGUUCCUGCACAUGGGCUGAGUCGCUGUGUUAGUUGUAUUGAUUGUUAUGUCAAAUGGUAAUUAAAUACCAGAAGAAAUAAAUAACCAGAAGGGAUGACAGUUGUGCUAUGUACUGCACAGCUCCCUCAUUAGUAAACGGGACCGUAAGAUUUCACAGUUUAGUGUUGUCCAACUAAUCGUUUGUGAUUCUUCCUCUCAGUUGCUCCAGAAACAGCUACAGUGGGAGGCAAGAGUUCACGAGGAGACAAGAAUGUCCCUGCAAAAUCGAAAUGAGGUUAGUGGAGCAACAAUUACACAAAUACUUACAUUUGUUAAAGAUUAUUCUCAGUGCAUGCUGUCUGCACAAAUAGACACCCCAAUUCAAGAACUGUGUUCUUAGCAGAGGUUUUAUCUAUACCUACGACUGCAUAGUUAUAGCAAGAAUCAUGAACACAAUUACUUUUAUAAAUAGGGGGGCAGCUUUAGCUCAGUCAGUCAUCAGCUUAUUCGUGGUAAGAUUCGCACACUUUAAGUAUAUACCAGUAAAACUCUGCUCUGCUGAACCUUUAUUCUGCUCUUUUUUGGUGACACAGAAAAAGUUCAUUUUAAAAUUGCUUUGCUGUUUUUUUUUUUUUUGUUAUAAUUUUCUAAAAGAAAUUAAUGUGAAAUUAAUCUUUAAUCAAUUUCUUACUAAAUCUAGCUAUCUGGGCUGUUCAGGGUUUUAGGUAGAAUUUGAAAUCCUUUUUUACAUUAGCCCUUGGUCUUUUUUGUCAUCGCUGUCAUUACACCUGUUCAUUGCAAUAUCAAUCAACUGCUUACAAUGUUAACCUUUAGAAAUUGUUGCAGCAGCUUAUUUUGUUACCAUGGUCUCAGGGGUUGCAGAAACAGUUGCUGCAGUGGCAGGAGCGCACAGAGCAGACACUGAAGGAAAUGAAGCAGCAGGUCAAUAAUGUACAGUGCAACAGUACAUUUAAUUUUGACAGACUGAUGGAGAAAAAAAGAAUGGUAAGCAUCUAUUUUCUUGCACCUAUGAGGAUUUAUUGAACACCUCCAGAUGCAAAGCAGAGUACAUGAUCACAAUGUACGUUAAUGAGAUGCUGAAUGAUCUUCAGUUCAGGGAGAUGGAGCAGGUGGUGAUUGAGGACAGAGAGAAGCAGAAGAAACUGGAGCUACAGCAGGCAGAGGUCAGAGCUGCGAUAAAGGUAACAACACCCACUUACAAGAACAUAGACCAUCAUGGUUUAUACCUCCGUUGAUGUGGAGGAGAACGUCCUGAAUCAAGACACGACCGUGUGUUUAUUAUCCCUAAUUCUGAUUCUUAACAUGUGAGCCUUUUUUCUGCAGCUCCAAGCCUGGUGGAGGGGCUGCAUGGUACGCCAUGGCUUCAGCACUUUCAGAAAAUCGGAGAACAAAAAAGGCAAGAAGAAGAAGAAGCCGGAAGGAAAGAAGAAUAAGAAGAAAUGAUGCAUCCAAAUUAUUUGAGACACUGUACAUGUUAUUCUUGUUUGACGUAUCUUACAGUAACAUCACUGAAUUUCCCUUUUGGGAUAAAGAAAGUUCAAUGUUUUUCUCAUCUUAUCUAGUCUACGGUGCAAUUAACGCUGCAGAGAUUUCUUGCUACUUUUGCUGCAAAAAUUUCUAAACUAAACUUCGUUACUUGAGUCAAAGUAUAGAUCCUCCUGUUCAAAUAUCACCCCAACACAAGUGAAAGACGCUCAGUCAUAAUAUAACUUAACUUAAAGUACUGGAGUACAUGCCUUUAAAGAUGCUUCAGUUCACUAUUUAGAGAAAAAAAACUCAAAAUAUUGUGUUUUUACAGUGCAUGUGUGCUGUCAAGAAAACAUGGGUGUACACUGUAACAUUGUGUUUAUUUAGGAAACAUCAUAUACAUUAUUUAAAGUUGCAUGCUAAGGAUUUACAGAUUUCAAACUCCAGAAUAAUUGGAACAAGAACAGCAAUGACCAGAAAUCCCAGAUGACAAGGAAAAUGGCAGUUAUGUCACAACAAGCACCGCCAGCUCGGUUUAAACUAUGAGUACGAAAUAAAACUAAUGUUAAACUACAUACCUCAACAUGCUUUCUCAGGAUGGGCAGUGAAUCUUGGUCGGCCAUGAUGAAGUUGAUGCACCUUAGACACAGCAAACAUUAAAAGCACCACAGCGUCUUCUUUCAUUGUAAUGCAGAGGACACACAGAUAUACCUUCCUCUCAAACCCGAGGACCCUAGAAGUCUAGCUGCUGUCAAAGACUGUCUUAAUGAUGUCAACUGUUGGAUGGUACUAAGCUACCUUUAGCCUCUCAAAAUCAGAAAUAAUGCUGUUCAAUUUUUAAAACCCUAACCAUCUCAUAAAGAGAGGCAGUGGUGCCCUUUCUGCAGACGUCACACCAUCAGACAGGUAUUUAGAAGUUACAUUUGAUUGCAACUCAUGAUAUAAAUGCAUCUUACAUUCCACAAGUUAGGAGACUAGUCCUUUCCUGUCUGCAGAACCAACUAUUCCUCACAUCUCUCUGAAACUUUCCUUUACAAUGAAGGUGCGAGAAGUUGUGAUAGUGUAAAAGGUGUGGGCCUUGGUGCAUUUCAGCUGCACUGCAUAUAGUCCUGUCAGUGAUCCUAGGGGACACAAAAACUGACUCUGGUAAACUCUUAACCAUUUGACUUUUACUGUAAAUGUUAGACGGUGUGUAAAUGAUUGUUUGACAGGUUCUUGCUCAGUAUUUGCUCUGAUACUCUGUGACAGUCAGGAGUUCAUCAAGGUAACAACCUGAGGGUGGAAACUAUAAUCGUGUCAGGUAGUUUCGGCGUACAGCAGGUGCGGGGGGGUCUGCAGGGUUGUUAUGUGUCAGAGUUUGACAGACUGGAUCCUGUAAGGACUUUAUUUUGGAAGAACACGCAAAGGCUGAAUGUAAACAACAUUUCCAUGGACUCGACUGUGUUUGUGUAAUUUCGUGUCUGAUCAUACACCCCCAAGUCUCUGCAUGCUCAUCAAUUAGACACAGGUGAUGACAUGGAGUGCUGA